AUGACAAGCUAUGGCGGCGGACGGUUGCCUGGCGCAAGGAGGGAGAGGGUGAAGGGCUACCUGCGGGCGGCAAACGAGUUGAGACAGACAUACCAGGCACAGAUCCAGCACAAACUGCAGGAAAAUGUUGGCGAUGGAGGUGUGCCGGGAGACUGGCCGGAUGCCGAGAUCGUGAGGAGUGGGAAUGAGGAAAUGCUCUUGUUCCCUAGCUAUGCCAGAAAACAUACGCGAAGGAAGACUCGGCCUGACGAGGAGGCUCGAUAUCAGCCUGGAACACAUGAAUCGCUAGAGACGCCACACAGCAGUGGAGACGCCGACUACUGGAAGCGAGAAUGGGAAAAGUACGAGGACGCCAAUGCUAUCGUCGACGUCAACGUGAGAGGCUGGAUCUAUUGCCCUCAAUCAGGACCCCUGAACAGGAAAAACCGCCUUCUGGUAGCCGUGGCCAGAAGACUCAGCGGCAUAUAUGCACCUACACCCAGUCCGGCGGCGUCGAGAUCGUCGAGUCUGGCGCCCAACGACCGUGCAGGUUCUGAUGACAGUCCCUCCCGUCGUGAGGAUGAGCUUGCCGCACGAGAAGCCGAAAAUAUCGCUCGCCGCGGACAAAGAGAGGCGGAUGCCGCAGUUAGAGGAAGUUACAGCUCGAGCGUUUCCAGAGGCGGCACUCCAGCCGGUAGUAGAUCGAGUUCGCCUACCCGGUCAGUCGCUAUACCUGCAGAUACCGACGACGACGAUCCGGGUCAUCAAUCUGUGAUUAAGCGUCAAUCCUGGAACGAGCCUGCAAACAUGAGCCGAGAGCAGCUGGCAGCCGCAAAUGAACUACUAUUGACUCGACUGGGACCGUUCAUGUCUAUGCCCACGGCGCAUGUGCCGAUCACCGUCUUCUUCUACAACAAGGAGAAGUCCACCUCCAAGUCAGUGACGACGGACGAUUCUGGCCACUUCAAUCUGCGAGCUGCCCUUGAUUUUAUUCCGGACCAAGUCAGGGUUCUUGCUUCGGAGAAGUUGUCAGCGGUCGAGGACGUCAUCAUCACAGACCACGACGGUGUAAGCCUGAUCAGUGACAUCGACGACACCAUCAAGCACUCGGCCAUUGGAAAUGGCGCCAGGGAAAUCUUCAAGAAUACCUUUAUUCGCGAAUUGUCCGACCUGACCAUUAAGGGUGUCAAGGAGUGGUAUACCAAAUUGGCGAACAUGGGCGUCAAGCUGCAUUAUGUUUCCAACUCGCCGUGGCAACUAUAUCCCUUACUGAGGAGUUAUUUCUCUCUCGCCGGAUUACCUCCUGGUUCCUUCCAUCUCAAGCAGUAUUCCGGAAUGCUGCAGGGGAUAUUCGAGCCCGCAGCCGAAAGGAAACGUGGCUCAUUGGAUAGGAUCAUGAACGACUUUCCUGAAAGGAAAUUUAUCCUUGUCGGCGACAGUGGAGAGGCUGAUCUGGAAGUGUACACUGACGUUGUCCUUGAGCACCCGGGUCGAAUACUGGGUGUGUUCAUUCGAGAUGUGACCACACCUGUACAGAAAGGUUUCUUCGACCAAGCGAUAUCCAAUACGCCUCCAGACUCCAUGAUUUCUCGGGAGGGGCGGCUGAGUCGGUCGCCAGGCGAUGCUCAUGCUGAUGAUCCGGCGAGUAGACCCGCUCUGCCUACAAGGCCGAAAUCGAUAGCGGAUCCUAGGUCAGCAGAGGGAGACCUUAUCGACUUUACUGACGAUCCAGUUGCGAAACCGAGUUCACCAAAACCCUCGACCUACUCGGACGACAUGCAGAAGCUCGAAGCAAACGGCAAAUCGAACGGGCCGCCAGCGAAGCCCAAGAAACCGUCAAGUCUGCGGAACUUUUCAACUCAGUUACCGACACCAACUGCAAACAACGAGAGAUUAUCAGCGUCGUCAGACACCGAUGCCCAAGAGGCCGUAAAGAAGAAAACUCCCCCUCCUCCACCACCUGCCCCUCGUCGGAGCGGGCGAACACCUGAAAGCAUGGGUCCCGACAACGCAGAGUCUACGCCGCCGCCUCUGUCAAGACCGCCUUUCUCGUCUGCUCGUCAGAAUCAGGCACCGCCUCCAGCUCUUUCGCGCACCGCUACAUCUGGAAGUACAUCGUCUUCGCACAAUGACGAAGGCUACGUGGCGUCAGCCCGCCGCCAAAUCUCCUCCGCAUACAACGCCCUCCCUGCCAUCCGCUCACAGUCACCUUCGGGUACUACCUUCACGAGCUCUUCCAACUCCAGCUCCUUGUCCUCAGACCACCGACCAAAUCCACCCCUCCCCAUGCGGCGGAACCUCACCUCCUAUCCCGCUGCUGCGGCCCGCUGGGCCACCGGCGCCGACACCUACUCUUUACCUGGAGGCGGGACGGGCCAGCUAGGCGCCCCUAGUGCAGCCACCGAAGGCGCCCCGUACGACAAGAAGAUCGAAAUCUGGCGGAGACGGUGGGCGCGAGCCGAGGAAAUCAUGCGGGCGAGGAAAGUGGUGCUCCGGUCGUGGAGGGUCGGCGGCGAUGUUAGCGACGAGUGUAUCAGGCUCGUGAAACGGGAACUGGAGAGGCAAGAAAGAGAAAGGCACAGAUCAUGA